UUGCACCGAGUUGAAUUGGUCGUGGCCAGCAACGUCACUCCCUGACGGCGGCAUCAGAGCAGCGCGGACGGCCAUCCACAUCCAGGCAGCAGCCAGUCGCUCCGGAACUCGGCGGAAGACAACGUUGGACACCCGCUCCCCGCUUCGGGACCCACGGGACGGCUACUUUCCAGCUUCAAAACACAGUGUCUGAGCAUUACCCAGGGACAGCAGGACACAAGAUGCUGAGUACCAGCGUGGCAUGCCUGAGAAGGACAGCGUUGGCCGCAGACACAGAAAACAGCAGAUGUUUGGAGUGAAGAGAAACAAACUGGAGAGGAGGUAGUAACAGGUGCUGCGUGCCAAGGUGGAGCCGGAGGUGUGGAGGAGAGGUGUCAAUCAUGGGGAAAUCAAACAGCAAGCUCAAACCAGAGGUGGUGGAGGAGUUGACACGGAAAACCUACUUUACAGAGAAAGAGGUACAGCAGUGCCUUGACUCAAUCACAGACAAACAAGUAAUGCUCCCAAUGUACAAAGGCUUUAUUAAGGAUUGUCCAAGCGGACAGCUUGACGCUGUGGGCUUCCAGAAGAUAUAUAAGCAGUUUUUCCCUUUUGGAGAUCCGACCAAGUUUGCCUCCUUUGUCUUCAACGUCUUUGAUGAAAAUAAGGAUGGACGCAUCGAGUUCUCCGAGUUCAUCCAGGCCUUGUCAGUUACCUCUCGGGGAACUCUGGAUGAGAAGUUGAGGUGGGCUUUUAAAUUAUAUGACCUUGAUAACGAUGGCUACAUCACUCGUGAUGAGAUGUUGAACAUUGUAGAUGCCAUUUAUCAGAUGGUGGGGAACACUGUGGAGUUGCCAGAGGAAGAGAACACACCAGAAAAGCGGGUGGACCGUAUUUUUGCGAUGAUGGACAAGAAUGCAGAUGGCAAGCUAACUCUGCAGGAGUUUCAAGAGGGUUCAAAGGCAGAUCCCUCUAUUGUUCAGGCAUUGUCACUCUAUGAUGGACUUGUGUAGUGAGGCAAGAUGCAUCCGACUCGGCAUUCUCCAGUGCAUAAAAUGCCAAUCCAGCACCAUCUCACCUGUAAUGGGAGGAACUCACAUGGUCUCCCGUGUAACUGCUCACCUGGAAGUUGACUGCGUGAAGUUUUUGUCGCACGCCCGUAUGGCAUUUGUGUCAGUAGCUGCACAUCUACAUUUCUACUAAGGAUUGUGAACAAAUCUAUAUCCUCUGGUGUGAGAGAGAAGUAAAAUAUGUCAGCAAUCCCUCUGUCAUUAUAUGUGCUUCUAAAACAACGUGGCACUGCGUACGCCCUUAAAUGUUGUGGACUGCGUAUUAAGAGCAUUCCUGCAAGCGAGGAGUUGUGGUUAUACCAUGGACAAUCCAAGGAACUGAACUGCCUUGGCGAUGGUGUCGUGUGUCUUGUUCACAUUCAACUGGAGAUGCAUAUGAACUGCUCAGAAGAACUGUGCUGUGCUGUGCUGCUUCAUUGCCACUUGAAGAGACUCUAAAGCUGGGAGCAUCUGGAAAAAAAAAAUGUGUUACUUGCUGAGAGUGUGAACACUAACUUAUGUUACAAAGCCGUAUAGUGUAUAUUGUAUAAUGUAAAUAUGAUUGUAAUAUUUUAUUUUAUGCUUUGCUGCGUUUAUUGGAAUUUCUUCAUAAAAAUGGAAUGAGACUUGGAGUUUUAUUUUUUAUCAAAGGUGUUAAAAUGUAUUGCACUGUAUUUUUCAGCAUUAAUGUAAGGGAUUGCUUUUUCUUCUCACAUUCUGAAGUUUCCUUUCCCUGAGAGAACAGCUUUUUUAUUAUUAUUUGAAGAAAGUUGAAGGAGUGGGCAUUUUGUAUGGAUUCUUUUACUAUGUUUGCAGUCUGUGCAUCCUAUUGUGUUUUCACUUCCAGCGUCUAGUGUCUGCAGUGUUGCACAGCCACAUCCUGAAUGACAUGACCAAGCAACACAGCAAAUCCUCACAGUUGACAUCUGGAUUGAGGCUCAUUAUUUCUUUAGAGAGCAUCAUACCCCACCCUCUGUACACACAAAGCCUUGGUCAUUGAGAGGCACAAACAGACAUCAAUUCUGGUUGUAAAGCUUUUGCGAGCUGUGUGGUUGCAACUGUCCACUUAGUAUUUGUCCUGUGUGUUUUAAACAAGCCAGAGCAUGUGAUGCUGCCUUUUUUUCUCUACUUUUGGUCAUUUCUGUCUGAGCAUCAAGAUGUUUUUAUCAGCUUCACGGAUUUUGCCUUAUGCAAAUGAUAAUUUACUAAAUGAUAAAUGUCAUUUACCUGUUGAUUAACAGUAUAAGAGCACAGAAUAAAAUGCAUUUAAGU